AUGGUUAAUUCUGUGGGGUCUGGAGGUGUUGGGAUCGUCUCGGGAUCGUCUAUGGGAUCGGAUCCCGGAUCUAUGGGAUCGGAUCCCGGAUCGAUCCAACCGAUCCCAUCGAUCCCAUCAUCGAUCCCAUCGAUCCAACCAAUACAUGAAGGUCAGGUGUACGUACACCCCAAUAAAGAGGAAGAAGUCUUCUAUAACCCUGCACAAGUAUUUAAUAGGGAUUUAUCUAUUCUUGUUAUUAAGGCAUUUGCUGCUAAACAAAAACAGCUAGCUAAACAAAGAUUUGCUGCUACUGCUGCUCGUUGUAAGGCUGAGGGGAAGGAGGAGCCACAGCCAUUAGAGUUUGUAGGGUUUAAUGUCCUUGAGGCAUUAGCAGCAACAGGCCUACGUAGUCUCCGUUAUGUUAAGGAAUUAAAGGAGACAAUUCGUUGUGCUGUUGCUAAUGAUUUAGAUCCUGCUGCAGCAGCAGCAGCAGCAGCAAAUGCUAAACUUAAUGGUGUACCUCCUCAUCGCUUUUUUACUUUAGUUACAGAUAAAAAGGAGACAAUAGUAUCUCCUGUCUCUUAUAGUAUUCCUUAUUGGUACGAUAUAAUAGACAUAGAUCCUUAUGGUAGCUGUUGCCCUUUUAUUUAUUCAUCUAUACAAUUAAUAAGAAAUGGUGGUCUCCUCUGUAUAACUAGUACAGAUACAUCUACUCUUGUAGGUAAUUCUGCAGAAACUUCUUAUUAUAAAUAUGGAGGAGCUACACCUAAGGUUAGCCCCCAUCAUGAGGUAGCCGUCAGGAUAGUAUUGCAUGCAAUAGCACAAGCAGCAGCAAAACAAAGGAAGGCAGUGCAGCCUCUGCUGUGUCUUAGUGUUGAUUUUUAUGUUCGUUUAUUUGUACGUAUUGUUGAAUCAGCAGAACAAUGUAAAUAUCUACAACAAAAAGAAGGAAUCGUGUUCCAUUGUCCCUCCUGCGAGGCCUUCGUCGUUGCCCCAUUAGGGACUAGCGUCAUAAAACCUGCACAGCGCAAAGGCGGUAAAGCUAAGCCCUCAAAGGCACCACAGCAGCAGCAGCAGGAGAAGGAGCAGCAGCAGGAGCAGCAGCAGGAGCAGCAGGAGGAGGAGGAGGAGAGCAGCAGCAGCAGCAGAGUGUGGGGUGAUGGACCACCAACAGAGAGCGGUAGGGAGUUUGUUGAUUUAUGUUUGAAGGAAUUGGAGACAGCAAAGGAGACACUUCCUGGUCUAACAAUGAAUGAUCGUAUAAGAGGGAUGGCAGCCCUCCGUCGCUUAGGGUAUAAGACAUCACAUUUCCAUAGAGACCCACAAGCAAUAAAGACAGACGCUCCUGCUGCAGUUGUUUAUGAUGUAUUAAGAACGCAUGCAAUACAACAUCCACCUAAUAAUAUAGAUAAAUUCCCUGUGCUUAAUAAACCUAUACAGACUAAAGGUAUUGAUUUGUCUCCUCCUUCCUCUGAUGAGAUAAGAGAGACAAAGGGACAAAAUAAUAAACAUGUACCUAGAUGGUUACCUAACCCUACUCCUUAUUGGGGACCUAAGAGUAGGGCAGGUAAACGAAGAGUGGAGGCUGCUGAUAAGGAGGGAGACAGCGGGGAGAAGAAGAGACAGAAGGAGGUGACGCAUGCAGAGUCUUCUUCUGCUGCAGUGGUGGGGGAAACACCUUGUGGAGACACCACGAAGGGAGAAAAUCCUUUACUAUAA